UGCGGGAUUCUCGACGGGGAAAAUGGGAAAUUGUGUGCCCGAGGGUUGGUACGGUUCAGUCGAUGAGUAUGGCGCCAUGACAGUUGUACAUAUGAGGUGAAGGAGGGAGGAAGUAGAUGGCUCUCCUCCUCCUGAUUGUUUUGCCAUUGGUCGGGGCUUUUGUCCUCGAGGGUUCUCAGACUUCCUACGCGCAAUUCAGAAAAUGGAACCCCUCGUUGAACGGCUCCCUGGAGAUGGAGUUCAAGACGGAGCAGGCCAACGGGCUCCUCUUCUACACCGACGACGGCGGCACGUACGACUUUUUCGAGCUGAAACUGGUAGAAGGUGCCCUCCGGCUGAGGUACAACUUAGGCGGAGGAGCACAGAUCCUGACCGUCGGCCGGGACCUGAACGACGGUCACUGGCACAAAGUCCAGGUGAGGAGGAACGGGGAAAAAACCUCGCUCACCGUCGACGGAGAGUCGCAGACUAAAGUCUCCCGUGGGAAGGAAUUCUAUUUCGGAAGGCUGGCUUCCAAUUCAGACGUCUACGUCGGUGGGAUGCCGUCGUGGUAUAACACCAAGCUGACUCUCCUCGCGUUGCCAAGUGUCAUCUUCGAGCCGAGAUUUGGCGGCGCUGUCAGAAACCUCGUUUACGCCGAUGACGAAUCGCCUUUACCGCGGAGGCAGGAGAUAAGAAUGAAAGAUCACAAGUGUGGUGGUUUCCACUGUGUCGGAACGGCACUGGCGCUAAGGGAGAAGAAAGCAACGGGCCUAAGGGACAACUCGACGGAUGCAUGCGAAGAGCACGAUCCGUGCCAACACGGCGGCAUCUGCAUAUCGACCGACUCGGGCCCCAUAUGCGAGUGCAGGAAUCUCGACUACGAGGGGAUAUUUUGUGAAAAAGGUGAGCUCUAAACUGAAAACAGUAUCAAAUAUGAAAUAGGGAUGGUCCGGAUAUAAAAGUUACGUGUCUGGGGACGCUGGCCGUUGCGAGUGCGCACAAGUGGAUUGUCAACUUCCAGGUGACACGUGACAAGAAUACCAACUUAAAAAGAUAUGAUAAAAAUGAAAUUAAUCCAUCAAUACUCAACUUUAAAAGCUUGUUCAAUUUAUAAACAAACCGAAAGAUUAAUUUCAACAAGCCUUCAAUUUACUCCCUAAAAUGCUAUCACGCAUCUUUUAUUAUAUUU